CUCCAUCCACUUCCGUCUUCCUCCGUUCCUCCCCUCACCGCUCUCUGCAUCCCCAGUCCGGACUCCAGUCACCACUCACCAACCCUACGAGCAGCUAGAGAAGCGAUGGCGGGGCUGCUGCAGCUCAUAAAGGACCUUUAUUUUGGCCCCCCGCCUGGCAAGGGAGUGAUACAAGAUCUGGAGUACGCCAUGCGGACCAAGGGCGGCUUGACCAAAGAGGAGGACACCAAGCUUCAGAUUGCCAAUUUAGUUCCAACUGCGGCCUUCGCUUUGUUCUCAGGAUUGGGCAGCUAUGCAGGGUGGUUUAGUCUCGGCCUAGGAAACAAGUUACUUGGGUUUCCACCUAGUCCUGUAUUUGCAAGGUUUUGUGCAGCUACUGGCGGCGCUUAUAUCAUGGGAACUGCCAUGUAUCGUGGAACCUUGCAUGAAUGUCCUGUAUCGCUUUUAAACACUGAAGAAGGACGCAUGAAGAUGGAGCUAGCUAACAUAAUACUUACUAAGCAUAGUGAUGAUGCAUACCUGGUCAAAGCUAUGAAGAAACACUUUUUUGCGGAGCAUCUGUUCGAUGACCUGCAUCAAGAUCAACCACUUCUAAGGUGGCACCCACGCCGUUCAUAUACCGACAGUGCCUUUGUAGAAAGAUUGAAGGAAAUUGAAGCUAUAAACUCCAAUGAUGAGGCUAGAUCAGUUUCUGGAGAGACAACUGCAGACAAUAGACCAUCUGGAGACCUGAUGGAGGAUCCACUUGCUUGUAUACUUGGUUCUGCAGGUGACGUGGAAAGCAACAAUCCCCCUGGAAAGACCAGCACUGUCCUGAAGCGAAGUGAGCUGCGAGCCCGCAGGAGAAGUCACCGGCAUCAUCAUCGGCAUGCUGAUGACAAGUUUGCUGCAUUGUGAAUUGGAUCAGAAAUGCAGUGGAAUACCGUAGACGCUAGCAUUUUGUUUGAAUCUCCUGUUGUGAGAAAAUAAGAUUGCUGGAACAAGAUGUUCAUGCGUGCGAGCAGAUUAAUUGAAGUACUAUGCCUGGUCAAAAUUUGUAGGUUGUGACAAUGUUGUGUGAGCAUACCUGUGAGGAGAGAUGUUGGGUUGCAGGUGCUGCAUUGACAGCGAUGUAGGUACUCAUGUAUCCCUUGAUCUUUGCAUUCUUCACUCAACAAAUGAAAAGAUGACAAGUAUUCCCUCCGUCCCAA